AUGCCCACAACCAAUCGAGAACCGCCCGAGAGUGCCCUCGACGCGCGGGUCGAAGACUAUCUUGAAGACAAGCUGCAGUCGGCCGACGACCUCGACACUCUAGACACGCUACUAGACACGGUCGACCUACAGCUCACGCAACUACAAACGCAGCUCGACGCCGCAGUGCAGGAGCUCGACACAGCGCAGCGCACAACGGACGACCGAUAUAGCCUGUUGCAGCAGCGAAUCGCCGAGUUCCGCACCCUGCAGGACAGCAUCGACGAGCGCGUGCGCGCAACGGUGGCCUCGGACGCCCCCGCCGAGGCUAUUGCCCGCCUGCAGCGGCCGAUGCAGAAGCUCAAGGCCGUUGACUUGGCCAGGAGAUACCUCGUGCUACUUCAGGACGUCGAGAGGCUGCGCGCCGACGCCAAGGUGCACCUCCCUGGCAGCCCCAAGGCCGCUCUCAAGCCAUACGCGCAGCUCAAGGAACUGGCCCUCACGCUGCGCGGCCGGCCAGGCGCCGAGGAGCUGCACCUGGUGGACCAUGUGGAGGCCGUCACGGGCAGUCUGUGGGCGGAGAUGAAGAAGAUCAUGUCGGACGAGCUCGAGGCGGUGCUCGAGAAGCGUGGCUGGCCACGGGUCGACCCGAACUCGGAGAUGGACGAGGAAUGGAUCGAGUGUUUCGAAAAGCUGGUGGACAUUCAGAUGCCCGAGCUCCUCCACAGCCCAACCGUGGUGCCUCUGCUGCCUGUAGACGUCAUGGCGCGCAUUUUCGUGGCCGAGUUUCGGUUUCACUUCCUAAGUGACAAGCCGACCAGCAAGGCACAGUCCAUGGGCACCCACUGCUUCCCCUGGUUCCUGUCGAUUAUCGAGAAAUGGGAAGACUUUUUCUGCGACAAUCUGGCGCCGGUUCUCUCCCUCAAGUUUCAAGACACGCCCGUGGCGGGAAAGUCAGUCUAUGCAGACCCCGUCUGCGCGCUGAUCACGUCCAUGCUGAUGGUGAUGCGGGAAAAAGUCCAUGCGGUAGCAAAGGAAGCUGCUAGCAACAUGCCGUUUUUAAGUACGUUCAUCGGUCAACUUGUUGCCUUUGACGAGACGAUUCGGGCACAAUUCAGGUAUGACGGUGGCGACGCACAGAAGGACUGGCCAGGGCUCACAUCCGAGAUUCUUGCCGACUAUUUUGAGGUGUGGUUCGAAGCCGAGCGCAAAUUUUCCCUGGAACGAUUCGACGCCAUCUUGGAGGCGGCGGAUGCGCGCAAAAUUGACUACGACCACGCCGUGGUGGGCAAGAUGAAGCCAACGUUUGCUGCGGUGCGCGUGACGGAUCUGCUGCGCACUAUCACGACAAAAUACGAUGGACUAUGCUCGUUGAAGUACAAGGUGCGCUUUUUGACUCGCAUUCAGCUAGAUAUCCUGGAUGGCUACCAUGAGCGGCUUAAGGGAUCGCUCGAAGCAUACCAGUCCAUGACGUCGGCGUUGGGACGUACGCUGCACGGUGCGACAAAAGAACAGUUGGCUGCGUUGGAAGGGCUUGGCGCUCUCGAGACGCUAUGCAAGAUUAUUGGGAGUGCUGAUCACAUUGCCAAUGUUCUGGUGGAAUGGGGCGAGGAGGAGUUCUUCACUGAGCUCUGGGAUGGCGUACAGGCAGCAGCCGGAUCCGGCAACAGCAGCGAAUUAGACGGAGAACAGGACCUCACGAGAUCGCCCAGGCGCGACGGCGGCAUCUUCGCCGAGACCGUUGAUGCGUACAACAGCCGUCGGAAGGCCGCCGAAGAUGUUCUCGUGUCCACCCUCGCGGAUGCACAUGCCAAAGCGUUCCGUGCCUAUACACAACGACCGCAAUGGACGACAAUCGGCGACGCCGACACACUAGACCCGUUGCAAUUCUCAAUCACGGCUGAACUAGACCUGCCGUUAUCCAAGCUGGAAGAAAACUUCAAGUUCUUGCACGGCGCACUCUCCAGCGCCUCGUACGACCGCGUGUGGCACCGGGCGCUGAGUAAGCUGCAGGAUCUGCUCUGGAACGGCGUGCUCAUGAAGCAUCAAUUCACCAUUCUGGGCGCGAUUCAGUUUGCGCAUGAUAGUCAUGCCCUUGCGGCUGUCGUUGAGCGGCAUCUGCCUGGGGGUUCAGCGCGUCUGGAGGAGCUCAGCGAGGCCGUGGAGCUGCUCCGUCUGCCAGCUGCACCGCCCGGGGAGGUGACGGAGGCUCGUAGCAUAACGCUCGAGCAGGCCAGCGAGCGGGCCUUCACCGACAACAAUGCGGCGCGAGCGCUGCUGGAGGAGAUGCAGCUGUUGAUCCUAACACCGACGGAUGCACGCCGCGUGCUGCAGAGGCGGGUAGAGAAUGACGAGAAUAUGGGGUGGUAG